CUAAUGUUAUAUUGGGACCUUUCAAUAACAAUUCAGAGGAUAGUGCCGUAUAUAUUUAAUGUUGAACUUGAGAGUUUAGAUGUUAAGAACUCCGCUGUAUUACAACCGACAUGGGCACGUGUGGGUAAAUAUUUAUCAGUGAUCCUAGUAGGAUUCCGUAUCAAAAAGGGAACGUUUAUUUUUCUUGCGACUUAACGGUUAUUAGAAGUAAAUGUAGUGAUUGGGCUGCUUAUUUAACUAAUGCAUAGGAGGGGGUAUGAAGUAGAGGACAAGUCUUACGCGUUAUUAAUUUAUGCGGCACCGGCUCAGUAACAUCUCGCCUAGUACGCCUAGAUAUAAAAUUUUUAAUUUAAAUUGUAGUGGAAAUGAAAGAAUUCCAGAAAAUCCACGAAUCGAAAACCAAAAAUCCGCAAAUACAGUAAUUCUAACAAUGUCGGGAGGACUGCACGCAUCUACAACUCUGCGGGGGAAACCAUCUUUGUUGACGAAGGAUGAAUUCCUGGCUUUGUACGAAGAGCACGUGAAACCUGUUGAAGAUGAGGCAGGAGAAUUUAGCUCAGAUGAUGAGGUUACAAUUAGCCCAAGGAAGAAAACUUCUCAGUCCUCAGCUAAAUCGACCGCAAGCUCGAAAUCCCCCAAGAAGGGUAAGGGGGCGAAGAGUAUGGUGGAGAGCACUGAGGAGAGUAGUCUGAUUAUCGGAGACCUAGACCUCGACACGAUCGACGACGACGAGCUCUUCAGACUUCUCAAGGAAAAUGGUAUCGAGGCUGGGCCUAUUGUUGCCUCUACUCGACCCUUCUACAAGAAAAGACUGGCUCUAGUUCUCAGGGGUGAGAACGGAAUGAACGGGAGUAGCGGAGGAGAGUUCUCAGAUACUGAACCUGAGGAUGACCAGCCUAGUGGUAUAACCUCCCCUCAGGUUACUGUAACCACAAGAACCCGUGGAUCCGCCUCUAGUUCCAAGUCCAACAAGUCCUUGACCAAGUCCCCGGUGGAGCUCAACAACGGACUGAGAAAGAGGAUGAAUCUAGGAGAUGAGAUCGAUUCAUCUUUGAGGAAUAAUCCAACCCCUCGCAGAUCCAUCCAUAGUUAUAAGGUUACUGAGACAACCCGGCAGACAAUAGUAAAAACCCAUGAUGGAUUAGAGACCAGGGACACUGUGCACACCCUGGAGAAGUCCGAGAGUAAGGGAGAGGACGGACCUGUCAAAUCAUCAUUCUUCACCAUCAAGAAGCUCAUCAUUGUUCUCCUGGUUCUCGGUUUCCUCGCAGCUCUUUUUGUAUAUUCAAAACAGAAUUCAGGUCUCUCCGCCGACUCUAUCUUGGACUCGGUGAAGAAGACGAUCGGUGGAACACCCGCCGCACCUGCUCCCACUCCCGCCCCGGUCAAAGCCUCGCCGCCUCCGCCCGAGCAGCCCAGCAUCGCCGAUGUUUAGAAUUCUCAUUACUCUACUCUUAUGAUAUUUGACAACCGCCGAAUAUCUAGUAAUCUCGUACAAAUUAAAGUGGAAUUAAACCUGGUUUUGGUUGACGCCUAUGUAUUUUAAGUUAUCUUUUAAACAUUUUAUGAAACUCGCCUUUUCAACAAAAAACCUCCACUUAGCGCGUCUGAACAUUUUUACAUUGAACGUUUUGUUCAAACCCCCGCGUAGAUUUAGUUCUGGAAAUCCUGAGGUUUUUCUUAUUUUCCAGA